AAUAUAUCGGCGUUGUAUGAAGAUAUCGGUCAUAAACCGAUUUAGGCACGAUACGGAACACCAAAAACCAAAACAAACCGUAAUUUUUUGUAUCAUGCUAGGUUGUUGAUGGGUUCAUGACAGUUCAUGAUUAUUUAUGACGUUUUGGCGUAGACAAAAAUGACAAAAUUGGCAUUGGAGGUUAUUUAAAUUAUUUACGAAUGUUCAUUAAAUAAACAAAAAUAAUUGUUUUUAAAAGCAUGCUAUGAGUAACACUGAUAUCGAUAUAAUACUAAGGAGACUUUCGGGCAGAUUUAAUAAAAUAUUCUACGACAGAGAAUUUGUUGGUUGCAUCCAGGAAGAUUUUAAAGUUAUCUUAAAGAACAGGAGUAGAUGUUGUGUUGUUGUCUUUCCUCUAUUGGGUCCGAACUAUUUUAAAGCAGUCCAAUACCAAGCAGAAAUAUUUGACCUUGAGGUAAUUCUCUUGGGAAGUAAUAGGAGAAGUUUUAUUGCAGUAUGUGACAAAAAGUUUUUAAUAAACAAACCUAAGGAGUGCGAGGAACAAAUAAUGCCAAGUAAUGAACAAGAAUGUGGAGUUGGCAGUAUUUUAAAGAAAAAACGUCCUGAGAGGCAGCUUUAUGUACCCCCAGCUCAAAGACGGUUACCUGCAACUGAGCAGUCUUCUCAUAAUGAACCAACAAGUAGUGUGAAACCAAAAAAGCAGCCAUCUUGUAAAAGACGGGAUUCUCAAAAAAAAAUCACUAAUUUAAAUGAAAGUUGUAAACCAGAAAAUAAACAUAAAUUAAAUGAAGAUCCUGCCAAAGAAAUUGUUGAAAAUAAAAUACAUGUGUGGUGGAAGUAUGCAUUAUUUGAUCCUUCAAACAGAAGGGACUACUUAUUUUUUAAAUCAACAUUGAAUUUCACACAAUUGUUAUGCAACAUUGACUUCGAUAGGAAUAAAUUUUUUGAUGUAAAAAGAAAAAGUACGUUAUAUAUUUUAAAUAAUGACUAUGUUCUCUGGCAACCUAAAUUUGAUAUAUUUGUUAAAAAAAGCGGAAAUUUCAAUGUGAAAGCCAUUCCUCCCAGCAACCUUUACGAAUUAUAUACAAAGGACGAUAUUUGCGAAAGGAUGGCAUUAACAGAAGAUUCCUUUAAAACAGAAACAUUUAUAGAAGUUUUAGAUAGAUAUUAUGAUAUUUUAUGCGAUUUUGAGGUAUACUGGUUAACAAAAAGUGGAACUCCAAAUACAUGCUUAGAUAUAUGUUGUAAAUGUUACUAUUAUUUAAUAACUCAGGAUAUUUAUAAUGGAUCAAAUGUAAUUAAAGAAUGGAUUAGUGAUCUAUUGACUGAUGAUUACCAAGAACCAGAAAGAGUGCCUAAAAAUGAAAGUUUGCCCGAAAUAACUUAUCCACCUCUAAAAGAAAAACCUGUACAACCAGAAAAGCCUUUACAUCAUGUAGAAAAUCUUAUACAAUCAAAUAAACCUGUGCAUCUUGUAGAAACACCUCUACAACCAAAAAAACCUGUACAUCACGAAGAAAAUCCAGUACAACCUGAAGUGCAUUUACAAAAUAAUAAUUUAUAUUAUUUAAAAAGUACCAUGAAUGUGAUUGAGAAUUCGAAAAAAGAUUAUUUGGAAGAAGAGAAGGAAAUUAUGAGAAAAACCAAAGAAAAUAUAAACAGAAAGUCCCGCCCGAUUAUAAAAUAUGUUGAUGAAGGAAAUGAUGCUUUAAAAAUUGACAAAGAUGAUGUUAGCAAUUGGGAAGAUUUAUUUAAUGACGAGGGGCAAUUACAAGAAGAUAUGUUGAAACAAAUUGUUCAUAAAGUGGGAAACGAUGUAACGAUUAUAAAGGCAAAGGAAAAUUACUCAGAUUACUACACGAAACCUGUAAAUAUUGAAGAAUUGGAGCACAUGGUGGAGCUGUAUGAUUUUCCACCUACGUUAGAGACCCAUGAUUUAAUACAUGCAUUUAGUGAUAUUAAAAGUGAUGCUAUGUAUGUUAAAUGGGUCGACGAUACACAUGCUAUUCUUGUUCUUGGCUCAUCUUUGCAAGCUCAAAAGGCUAUAAACAUCGAGAACCCACUGAUAAAAGUUCGACCCAUGACGGCAGCCAGCAAAUUAUCCCUUUCUACUGCCUACAAGCACGGUUUGAAACCUGCCAUGAAACGACCACCGACAAACUUACAAACUGCUAGGAGACUGAUUACAACCCAUCUGGGAACCAAGAGUGGGAUUAGUAAAGAGACGAGUGCGAAAGAAAGGAACGAUUUAAAAGCAGCUAGAGAAAUGAAAAAACUAGUCAAGAAAAAUGAGCAAGAUGCUUGGGAAGGUAAUCUCAGAUCAUCAAUGAGCUAAAAGUAUCGGAACAUGUUACCACUUUGUUUAAUAAAAUUGUCGAUUUGGAAAAAUAGUCACUUUCAGUUGAUAAUUUAUUUUAGUUUAAACAGCUAUUAUUCUUCAAAUUAUAUUUUAAUUAUAAUUAUUUUUUUUAAAUGUCGAAAGUUCUCUCAGGUACAAAAAUGAACAUGGGCCAGUCUCUAAGACCCAAUGCUUUAGCGUUAUUAUAUCUAUUACUACAUUGAUGGCUUGCUAGUUUUCUAGAUGGCCGAUAAGUGAAUUUAAGGAUAUGUAUUCAUGGGGUCAUGGCAUUUUGCCUCUUGGGUGCAUGGUUUUUGUUUUUCAUUUUCUAACAGCUAAAACAGAAUGAAAACAAAAAUAAAUAUUUGCAUUGGGUAAACUGACAUCUUCGUGGACAUGCCGCUCUUGAAAACUUAAGCUGAUCAAGAUAAUUUUUACCAUGCUCUCGAUUUUCAGCAUUUUUUUAAUGUAAAUAAUUUUGAGUAUGAUUAAAAAUAGUACGUUUACAUUUAAUAAGGUGGUAACUAUGUUCAGGUCAAAAUCAACGAAAAUUAAAGUGUUUUGUCUUCAGUCAAAUGGGUCCAAAUCCAAAAGUAAUCUAUUACCUAUUUACAACUAUUGUGCCUUAUAUUUUUUCUCUAAUUAUCUAUUUAUUUACAUAAUUCAUUUUUAUGUUAUUUUAUUCAUAGUGAAUUUAUUACCAUGUGUUAUAUUUUAAGUAUUUAAAUAUUUUUACUGUCUAUUAUAUCGUCUUAAAUAAAAUUUUAAAAUUUAAA